UACAGCAUCCCAGCCUCAGUCCUUACAGCUCCUCCAUCUGCAGCGCGGAGCUGGACGGGCCAGCCAGAAUGUGGAGAGCACCGCCGCUUCAACUCUUUUUCUUCAUUUUAUGCUCUGUUAGAUGGUGCCAUGCUGAAGGAUGUGAAUUAGGGCAGUUUCGGUGUGGGACAGGUCGAUGUAUUCCUGAGGAGUGGCACUGUGAUGGGACAUCAGAUUGCAUCGAUGACACUGAUGAACACGACUGCCCUCAGGUAACAUGCGAUGACAGUCAUUUCCAGUGUCUGAGUGACGGCGAGUGCAUCCCAGACGUAUGGGUGUGUGACAAUGAGGAAGACUGUGAGGAUAGCUCAGAUGAGAGACACUGCCCUGGCAGGACAUGUACUAGUGGCCAGUUCAGCUGCAGCAACGGGGCAUGCAUCCCAGGAGAAUACCAUUGCGACCACCUGGCUGACUGCUUAGAUGGAUCUGAUGAGAGAAACUGCAAUUACCCUCAGUGUACAGAGAUGAGGUGUGCCAAUGGGGCCUGCUACAACCGGACCCAAAGAUGUGACCAUUUACUGGACUGCCGAGAUGGCUCUGAUGAGGCAAACUGCACACAGCACUGCAACACAGGGUUCCACCAAUGCCUUAAUGGGCUAUGUGUUCCUCAACGCUACGUCUGUGAUCACGACGAUGACUGCGGAGACCGGAGUGAUGAAAUAAACUGCACAUAUCCUGCUUGCAGAGGAAAUUACUUCACUUGUCCCAGCGGCCGCUGUAUUCACCAAGUCUGGCUUUGUGAUGGAGAGGACGACUGUGAGGACAAUGCUGAUGAAAAAGGCUGUGAUAAUGUACCACGGGAGUGUUAUCCAGGAGAGUGGCCCUGUCCUUCAUCUGGGCUGUGCAUCCCUAUGGAUAAGCUGUGUGAUGGGAAGGCUGACUGUCCUGAUGGAGAGGAUGAAACUAACACCACUGCUGGACACAACUGCAGCAUCUGGAAGUGUGCUUCUUUGAGCUGUGAGCAUCACUGCCACACUUCCCCUGAUGGAGGAACAUGUGCCUGUCCUUCUGGCUAUAUUGUCAACAGCAACGACAGUCGCUCCUGCAUAGACUUUGAUGACUGCUCCAUGUGGGGCACCUGUGAUCAGCUGUGUGAGGACCGGAUCGGCUCCCAUCGCUGCAGCUGUAGAGAGGGCUACACUUUGGAGCAACAUCGAUACUGUAGAGCAGACAUAUCCACUGGAGUUCCUUCCUUAGUUUUCUCUAAUGGCAGAGAUCUGGUAAUAGGCGACAUCCACGGCAACAACCUGCGCACUUUGGUUAAUUCACAGAACAGAGGGGUUGCUGUAGGAGUGGACUUCCACUAUCAUCUCCGUAGGGUCUUCUGGACAGAUACCAUCCAAAAUAAGGUGUUUUCUGUGCAAAUGGAUGGGUCCAACAUGCAGGUGGUUUUAAAUGUAUCAGUUGACUACCCUGAGAACCUGGCGGUGGACUGGGUGAACAAUAAACUGUAUGUGGUGGAGGCCAGCGUCAACAGGAUUGACAUGGUGGACCUAGAUGGAAGUAACCGGGUUACACUCAUCACUGAGAACCUCGGAAACCCUAGAGGACUGGCGGUGGACCCCACUGUUGGGUACAUGUUUUUCUCAGACUGGGAGGCAGCAAACGGACAGCCGGGUCUUGAGCGGGCCUUCAUGGAUGGUACCAAUCGUUACGGGAUUAUUGGGAGCAAACUAGGUUGGCCUGCUGGUAUCACACUUGAUAUAGAAGUCAAGCGCAUCUACUGGGUUGACAGCCGCUAUGAUUAUAUCGAAACUGCAACCUAUGACGGUCUGCAUAGAAAAACUGUAAUCCAUGGAGGAACCGUGGUACCACAUCCUUUCGGAAUCAGUUUGUUUGAGCACAAUGUUUAUUUCACUGACUGGACCAGGAUGGCCGUGAUAAAAGCAAACAAGUUUACUGACAGCAACCCACAUGUGAUUUACACCACGUCUAACACCCCACAUGGAGUAGCAGUGAUACAUCAGUUAAAGCAGCCACAAGCGCCAAAUCCCUGCAGUUUGGACAGAGGUGGGUGUGAGCAGAUCUGUGUUCUCAGUCACAGGAGCGACAAUGGAGGACUUGGUUAUCGCUGCAAAUGUCGCAUUGGUUAUGACCUUCAUGCUGAUGGCAAACGCUGUUUGGCUGUAAGGCAGUUUCUGCUUUUCUCCAGCCAGCUGGCUGUGAGAGGAAUCCCCUUUAACCUCUCCUCCCAGGAGGACAUCAUCCUGCCCGUCACCGGAUCGCCCUCCUACUUUGUCGGAGUGGAUUUUAGCGCUGAAGAUGAUGCUAUCUUUUUCUCUGACACAGCAAAAGAUAUUAUUUACAAACAGAAGGUGGAUGGAACAGGCAGAGAGAUACUGGCAGCCAACAGAGUGGAGGGAGUGGAGGAUCUGGCUUACGACUGGAUUUCCAAAAACCUCUACUGGACUGACCCUCGAUACAGGAGCAUAUCUGUCAUGAGGCUCGCCGAUAAGUCCAGGAGGGCCAUUAUUCAGAACCUUAACAACCCCAGGGCCAUCGUGGUGCAUCCUCUGAUUGGGUACAUUUUUUGGACUGAUUGGUACCGUCCUGCAAAGAUCAUGAGGGCUUGGUGUGACGGGUCACAUGCCAUGCCUAUUGUAAACACUACCCUGGGCUGGCCAAAUGGAUUAGCAAUUGACUGGAGCUCAAUGCGUCUGUAUUGGGUAGAUGCCUUCUUCGACAAAAUUGAGCACAGCAACUUUAACGGACAAAACAGGCUUUCCUUGGACCGCAUAACCCAGAUCUCCCAUCCUUUUGGUCUUACCAUUUUUGAAGGCUUUGCGUAUUUCACUGACUGGCGCCUGGGUGGCAUUGUCCGUGUGCGCAAGACUGAUGGUGGGCAGAUGGUAGUUAUUAGGAGAGGAAUCAGCCACAUCAUGCAUGUCAAGUCUUUCAACUCCAACUCUCAGAUCGGUGCUAACCUCUGCAACAGGCAGACAAAUCCUAACGGAGACUGCAGCCACUUCUGCUUCCCAGCUCCAGACUCUCAGAGAGUGUGUGGCUGCCCGUACGGCAUGAAGCUGUCGCCAAACCAGCAGACUUGUGUCGAGGACCCCUCCAACGAGCCCCCAACAAUGCAGUGUGGAGCCAACUCCUUCUCCUGUGGCAACGGCAAAUGUGUCCCAAACACCUACAGAUGCGACGGUGUUGAUGAUUGCCAUGACAACACCGACGAACUCCAUUGUGGAAUAAACAACACUACUUGUUCCCCCUUGGCCUUCACCUGUGCCAGUCAGCGCUGCGUGCCAGCAGAGUGGCGCUGCGACGGGCACAAUGAUUGCUUUGAUAACAGCGACGAGAUCAACUGCCCCACACGGGUGCCAGGAACGUGCCCCGCCAAUCAGUUCACAUGUGCCAACCACCGAUGCGUCCCUCAUACGUGGCGCUGCGAUACAGAUAACGACUGUGGAGACGGGUCCGAUGAAGCAGACUGCUACCUGGGAAGUACGUGCCACCCAGGACAGUUUCAGUGUCCUGACCACCGAUGUAUAGACCCCAACUAUGUCUGUGACGGAGAUAGAGACUGUGUGGACGGAGCAGAUGAACAGGGAUGCAUCUACAACUGCACUGUGAGUGAGUUCAAGUGUACCAGCGGCCACCAGUGCAUCAACUCCUACUACCGCUGCGAUGGGGUCUUCGAUUGUAGCGAUCGCUCUGAUGAGCAAAAUUGUCCUACCAGGCCCCCAGGGAUGUGCCAUCACGAGAAUGAGUUUCAAUGUCAGUCGGAUGGGAGCUGUAUCCCGUCGUCAUGGGAAUGUGAUGGCCAUCCAGACUGCCAGGAUGGCAGCGAUGAACACCACGCCUGUCCUCCGCGGACCUGCCCAUCUUCUCUCUUCCGCUGUGAUAAUGGAAACUGCGUCUUACUCAGUUGGAUUUGUGACGGAGACAACGACUGCAGAGACAUGAGCGAUGAAAGAGAUUGUCCCACGCCGCCUUUCCGGUGUCCAAGUUGGCAGUGGCAGUGUCCUGGUCACAGUGUUUGUAUCAAUCUCACCACAGUGUGUGACAACACACCCAACUGUCCCAAUGGCGCUGAUGAGUCUCCACUUUGCAAUGAGCCUUUACCAGACCAAGCGAGCUGUACUGAUAACAACGGUGGCUGCACUCAAGGUUGUAUACAGGGGCCUUUUGGGGCCCAGUGCACGUGCUCUGUUGGUUAUCAGCUCAACAGCGACACCAAAGCGUGUGAUGACAUAGAUGAGUGUAAUCCCCCAGGACUGUGUAGCCAGCACUGCUUUAACGAGAGAGGCUCCUUUCGCUGCCACUGCCAGGAUGGCUACACUCUUGAAGCAGACCAACGUACCUGCAAGGCUUCAGACUCUCGUCAAGCCUUUCUACUUGUGGCCAGUCGAAAUCAGAUUAUACAAGAUGAAAUAAGCGGUCAACCGAAUGUGAUUCGGUCACUGAUUCGAGACGGACGCAACAUCGUGGCUAUAGAUUUUGACUCUGUGUCGGACCGUGUGUACUGGUCCGAUACAAGCCAGGACAGGAUCUGGAGUUCUCACAUAAAUGGCAGCGAGAGAACUGUGAUAUUUGACAGUGGAGUGACUGUGACAGAGAGCCUUGCAGUGGACUGGGUGGGCAGGAAUUUAUACUGGACCGACUAUGUCCUGGAGACAAUUGAGGUGUCUAAACUGGACGGCACACACCGGACCGUCUUAGUUAGUGAAAAUGUCACCAACCCUCGAGGUCUCGUGGUGGACCCCAGAGACAGCGCUCACCUGAUGUUUUGGACUGACUGGGGAAGGAACCCCCGAAUAGAGAGGGCAAGCAUGGAUGGGAAACUCAGGACAGUCAUCAUAAGCAGCAAACUGUACUGGCCCAAUGGUUUAACCAUCGACUAUCCAAAUAAUUUGCUGUACUUUGCUGAUGCCUAUUUGGACUUUAUUGAUUACUGUGACUACAAUGGAAACAACAGAAAACAAGUCCUUGCCAGCGACUUGGUACUGCAACAUCCCCACGCAAUUACCAUUUUUGAGGAUUUUGUCUAUUGGACCGACAGAUACAUCAACCGAGUGAUGCGAGCUCAUAAGUGGCAUGGGGAGAACCAGACAGUGAUGCUGUUCAACCUCCCUCAGCCAAUGGGGCUAGUGGCAGUGCACCCAACCAGGCAACCAGCAGGGAGAAAUUACUGCUUGGGGAGCGCCUGCACUCAUAUCUGCCUACUCUCUGCUGUGGGACCCAGAUACUAUUCAUGCGCCUGCCCCUCCGGCUGGACUCUGUCAGCGGACCAGUUCACCUGUUCCAGAGUUGAGGAUCCCUUUCUGGUGGUUGUGAGAGACAGCAUCAUCUAUGGUAUUCCACUAAACCCAGAGGACAAGAGCAAUGAUGCAAUGGUUCCAGUAGCUGGUCUUCACAACGGCUACGAUGUUGACUUUGAUAACAAGGAACAGACCAUCUACUGGGUGGAACACCCUGGUGAGAUCCACAGGGUGAAGUCAGACGGUACAAACAGGACAGAGUUUGCCCCCGCAGCCAUUCUCGGCUCUCCUGUUGGCCUGGCCCUGGACUGGAUCACAGAGAAUCUGUACUACACCAAUCCAGCUACACAGUCUAUUGAGGUUUUAAAGUUGAGAGGAGAUGUACAGUACCGGAAAACUAUAAUCACAAACAACGGCUCUCCGACCGGCGCUGGCAGUCCUGUUGGCAUCGCUGUGGAUCCAGCACGUGGCAAACUUUAUUGGACAGACCAGGGAACAGAAAGUGGCAUCCCUGCCAAGGUGGCAGCUGCAGACAUGGAUGGCAUGAACCCAGUCACGCUCUUCACCAACAACCUUGAUCACAUUGAGUUCCUCGCUGUGGACAUCCAAGAGAACAAGCUGUACUGGGCUGUCACAGGCACCGGAAAAAUUGAGCGAGGGGAUCCAGAUGGAAGUAACCGCAUCACCAUAGUGACGGGUCUCUCCCACCCUUGGGGUGUGGCCGUCUACCAGAACUACCUAUUCUUCAGCGAUCGUGACUUUGAGGUCAUCGAACGAGUAGACAAGUCCACUGGUGCCAACAGGGUUGUGAUGCGAGACAACCUGUCAGGACUUAGAGUCCUAAAAGUUCACUUUAGAGAUACGUCUGCAGGCACAUCUAAUGGCUGCACAGACAAUAUGGGAGCGUGUGAGCAGCUCUGUCUUCCUCGACCACAAGGAUUUUUUACCUGUGCAUGUGCGACAGGUUUUAAACUAAAUGCAGACAACCGGACUUGUGCCCCUUACAAGUCCUAUGUCGUCAUCUCCACUCUAUCUGCUAUAAAAGGCUUCAGUCUUGAAGGCUCAGAUCACUCUGAGGCAAUGGUCCCUGUGGCUGGAAGAGGUCGCAACGCUCUCCACGUUGAUGUGCACAUGGCUUCUGGUUUCAUUUACUGGUGCGACUUCAGCAGUACUGUGAUGAUACAAAACGGGGUCAGACGUAUAAAGCCAGAUGGCUCAGGAUUACACAGUGUGGUCACAUCUGGAAUAGGACGCAACGGAAUACGAGGCAUUGCUGUGGACUGGGCUGCAGGUAACCUGUAUUUCACCAACGCCUUUCUGACUGAGACGUAUGUCGAGGUUCUUCGUUUGAACACGACUUUCCGGAGAGUACUGCUGAAGACGCAGGUGGAUAUGCCGCGGCACCUUGUUGUGGAUCCCAGAAACAGAUACCUGUACUGGGCUGAUUAUGGUCAGCACCCCAAAAUUGAGCGUGCACUCUUGGAUGGAACCAACCGUACAAUUUUAGUGUCUUCAGGGAUAAUCACCCCACGAGGCCUUUCUCUGGACUGGCAUACUGGAUAUGUUUACUGGGUAGAUGACUCUCUGGAUAUGAUAGCCCGCAUUGGCCCUCAUGGAGGAGAGACAGAGAUUGUUAGGUACGGCAGCCGCUAUCCAACUCCUUAUGGAAUCACAGUGUUUGAGAACAGCAUCAUUUGGGUGGACAGAAACCUCAAAAAAGUUUUUCAAGCAAGCAAAGAGCCAGGCAGGACAGAGCAACCGGCAGUAAUUAGAGAUAACAUAAACAUGCUGAGGGAUGUUACUAUCUUUGACCAACGUACACAGCCCACCAGUGUGCAAGAACUGAACUACAACCCCUGCAUGGAAAACAAUGGUGGCUGUGGCCACUUCUGCUUUGCCCUUCCAGGCUCUAGUCAGGGCACUCAAAAUAAAAAGUGCAGCUGUGCUUUUGGUGAUCUUGCCACAGAUAAAGAGAGCUGUGAGAUGACAAAGGAGGAUUACCUCAUCUACACUACUGAGAGCACAGUCCGCAGUCUGAGACUUGAUCCUGAGGACCAUGCACUGCCGUUUUCUGUUGUCAAUGUGCCUCGCACCUCCAUCGCUCUUGAUUUUGACCUUACAGACAACAGGAUUUACUUCACUCAGAGCUCAGGUGCAGGAGCCAGCAAGAUCAGCUAUAUCAGCCUGUCCUCUCCCACUACAGCUCCUGUUGUAGUAGCUGCAGAUCUUGGGGCUCCUGACGGGAUAGCCUACGACUGGAUAAACAAAAGAAUUUACUAUAGCGACUACGUCAACCAGAGCAUUAGCUCGAUGUCUGUGGAUGGUGCCCAAAAAACAAUAAUUGCCCAUGUGUCGAGGCCAAGGGCCAUUAUGUUGGACCCCUGCAGGGGAUACAUGUACUGGACAGACUGGGGAACUCAUGCAAAGAUUGAGCGAGCCACCUUGGGAGGAAAUUUCAGAACUGAUAUUGUGAACAACAGUCUGGUGUGGCCAAAUGGUCUGACUUUGGACUAUGAAGAGGAGAGACUCUACUGGGCAGAUGCAAGCUUACAGAAGAUUGAGCGAUCCUCUUUAUCUGGAGCCAACCGCGAGGUCAUUGUCAGCACAGCUAUCUACCCAUUUGCAAUGACUAUGUUUGGUCAGUUCAUCUAUUGGACCGACUGGAACACCCGCAGCAUCUAUCGGGCAAACAAACACGAUGGCUCUGACCAGAGGGUCAUGAUUCAGAACCUCCCAUCCCGACCAAUGGACAUUCAGGUUCUGGCCCGCAGGAAGCAACAGCUGUGUGACAGUCCCUGUCAGCAGUUCAACGGAGGCUGCAGCCACAUCUGCACUCCAGGACCUAAUGGAGCUGAGUGUCAGUGCCCAGCAGAAGGUCGAUGGUACCUGGCUGACAGCAAGUACUGUAUUCCUGACAAUGGGACUCGCUGCCAGCCAGGCCAGUUCACCUGCAUGAAUGGCCGGUGUAUCCGACCCCAAUGGAUAUGCGACAAUGACAAUGACUGUGGAGAUGGAAGCGACGAGCUGGAAAGAGUAUGUGCCUUUCACACCUGCGAGCCCACUGUGUUAACUUGUGGCAAUGGGCGGUGUGUUCCCUACCACUACCGCUGUGACCAUUACGAUGACUGUGGAGACAACAGUGAUGAAGUUGGCUGUCUGUUCAGACCUUGUGACCCCAGUACAGAAUUUGCCUGCAACAAUGGCCGCUGCAUUGCAAAGGACUAUGUUUGCAAUGGCAUCAACAACUGCUACGACAAUGGGACUACUGAUGAGCAAAACUGCCCUGAAAGAACCUGCCAGCCAGAGCAAACAAAAUGUCAGUCUACCAACAUUUGCAUCCCACGGUCAUACCUAUGUGAUGGAGACAAUGACUGUGGGGAUAUGAGCGAUGAAAGCCCAACACACUGUGCUGCAGCCACUUGCUCCCAGAGUGAGUUUCGUUGUUCCAGCGGUCGCUGCAUCCCCGCCCACUGGUACUGUGACGGAGGAGCUGACUGCUCUGACGGCUCUGAUGAACCCCUCUCCUGCACCACACUGGUCAGAACCUGCAAUACAGAUCAGUUUCGCUGUGAUGAUGGCAGGUGCAUUGCUUUAUCAUGGAUCUGUGAUGGAGACAAUGACUGUGGUGACAUGAGCGAUGAAGAUCAGAGACACAACUGUGCCAAUCGCACGUGUUCAAGCACAGAGUUCACUUGUGUCAAUAACCAACCACCUCAGCGGAAGUGUAUUCCAGGUGACUGGGUGUGUGAUGGAGAUGCAGACUGUGCAGAUGCCCUCGAUGAACAUCAAAACUGCACCCGCAGAUCCUGUGGCAUCAGUGAGUUCACCUGCAGCAAUGGUCUCUGCAUACGCAGCUCCUACAGAUGUGACCGUCGUAACGACUGUGGAGACAGCAGUGAUGAGCAAGGUUGCACUUACCAGCCCUGCCAGUCACACCAGUUCACAUGCCAGAAUGGCCGCUGUGUGUCUAACGACUUUGUCUGUGAUGGAGACAAUGACUGUGGGGACGAGUCUGAUGAGCUGCAGCAUAUUUGCCAUACACCUGAGCCCACCUGUCCCCCCAGAGAAUUCAGAUGUGAAAAUGGACAUUGUAUUCCCUUUAGGAAGGUGUGUGAUAGGAAUGAUGACUGCUCCGACAACAGUGACGAAAAGGGAUGUGGUAUCAAUGAGUGUACAGACCCAUCCAUUCACCACUGCGACCACAAUUGCACUGAUACUCCCACCAGCUUCAUCUGCACCUGCCGUCCAGGUUACCGCCUCAUGUCUGACGGCAAAACAUGCGAUGACGUCAACGAGUGUGUAGAGACACCCAGCGUUUGCAGUCAGAUCUGUGAAAACACCGUCGGCUCCUACGUGUGCAAGUGCUCUCCAGGGUUUCUCAGAGAGCCGGAUGGACGCAGCUGCCGUCAGAACAGCAACAUCUCUCCCUACCUCAUCUUCAGCAACCGCUAUUACCUGAGGAACCUGUCAACAGACGGGCAGGCCUAUUCUCUUAUUCUGCAGGGCCUGACCAGCGUGGUCGCUCUAGACUUUGAUCGUGUUGACAAACGCCUCUAUUGGAUCGAUGUGAGUCGCAGAGUGAUAGAGAGGAUGUCUUUUAACGGCAGCAACCGGGAGGUGGUGGUCAGUGGAGUUCUGCAUGGAGAGGGCCUGGCUGUUGACUGGAUAGGAAGGAAACUGUAUUGGGUGGACAGCUUCCUGGAUUGCCUCAAAGUGUCCGAACUGGACGGCCGUUUUGUAAAGAAACUGGCUGAACAUUGUGUUGAUGGGAAUAACACCUACUGCUUUGAAAACCCCAGGGGUAUUGUUCUGCAUCCCAAAUAUGGAUAUGUCUACUGGACAGACUGGGGAGACAAAGCCUUCAUUGGUCGUGUUGGGAUGGAUGGAACCAACAAAGCAGCAAUCAUCACCACCAAGAUAGAGUGGCCCAACGGCAUCACAAUCGACUACACCAACGACAAACUCUACUGGUCAGAUGCACAUCUCAACUACAUUGAAUACUCCGACUUGGAUGGUCAGCACAGACACACGGUGUAUGAUGGAAACUUGCCGCACCCUUUUGCACUGACUGUGUUUGAAGACACUGUGUACUGGACUGACUGGAACACACGCACUGUGGAGAAAGGCAACAAGUACGAUGGUUCUGAUCGAGAAGCCCUGGUUAACACCACACACAGGCCAUUCGACAUUCACGUAUACCAUCCUUACCGCCAGCCGAUUGUAAACAAUCCCUGUGCUGCGAACAAUGGGGGCUGCUCUCACCUGUGCCUAAUCCGUCACGGGGGGCGAGAACACACCUGUGACUGCCCCGACCAUUUCCUGGCUGUUCAAAUAGGAGGUGUGACCCGAUGCCUGCCCAUGUGCACCAGCACCCAGUACAGAUGCGCAAACAAUGAACGUUGCAUCCCUAUCUGGUGGAAAUGUGAUGGUCAGCGGGACUGCAGGGAUGGCUCAGAUGAGCCCUCUACCUGUCCUAUUCGCCACUGCAGCUUGGGCCAGUUUCAGUGCAACGAUGGAAACUGUACCAGUUCACACUUUCUGUGUAACAGCCACCUGGACUGUCCCGAUGGUUCGGAUGAAGAUGCCGUGCUGUGUGCUACACACCAGUGUGAAAGCCAUCAGUGGCAGUGUGCAAAUAAGCGUUGCAUAAGCGAGUCAUGGCAGUGCGACAGUGAGGAUGACUGUGGCGAUCGGUCAGACGAGGACCCUGUCCACUGUGCCACCAGGACCUGUCGCCCGGGACAGUUCAAGUGCCGCAACGGACGCUGCAUCCCACAGAGCUGGAAAUGUGACGUUGAUGAUGAUUGCGGUGACAAUUCAGAUGAGCCUCUAGAGGAGUGCAUGGGUCCAGCGUAUCGAUGUGACAACCACACAGAAUUUGCCUGCAAAACCAACUAUCGCUGUGUCCCACUCUGGUCCAUCUGCAACGGCCACAACGACUGCAGAGACAACAGCGACGAGCAGAGCUGUGAGGAAGUGACCUGCGAUCCUACCGGGGAUUUCCGCUGCGACAAUCACCGCUGCAUCCCGCUGAGAUGGAGAUGUGAUGGAGCUGAUGACUGUGGAGAUAAUUCAGAUGAACGCAGCUGCAUGCCACGAUCGUGCACCGAGAGCGAGUAUCGCUGUGACAACCUGCGCUGUGUUCCCAACCGUUGGGUCUGUGACCAUGACAACGACUGCGAGGACAACUCGGAUGAAAGGGACUGCGAGCUGCGGACGUGUCCCCCUGGCUACUUCCAGUGCACCAGUGGACACUGUAUAGCUGAACGUUUCAAAUGUGAUGGCAACGCCGACUGUCUGGACUACACGGAUGAGACAUCAUGCCCGACCCGCUUUCCCAACGGCACGUACUGCCCGCCUUUCCUGUUUGAAUGCAGGAACCAUAUUUGUGUCCAGCCUCACUGGAAAUGUGACGGAGACAAUGACUGCGGAGACAACUCUGACGAGGAGCUGCAUCUCUGCUUGGACAUCGAGUGUGAGGCUCCGUUCCGUUUCCGAUGUGACAACAACCGAUGCAUCUACAGCCCUGAGCUGUGUAACUCCAUUGAUGACUGUGGGGACGGUUCGGAUGAAAGACAGGAAAACUGUCAAAAGCCCACACACGGUCCUUGUGACGACGAGGAGUUCAAAUGCAGUAAUGGAAAGUGCAUCCCUCUGCAGUACGCCUGCGAUGAAUAUGACGACUGUGGAGACGAGUCGGAUGAGCUCGGCUGCCAUGUGGGCCAUGGACACACAUGCAGUGCCAACAUGUGUGAACACAACUGCACCGACCUAACUCAGGGAGGCUUCGUUUGCUCCUGCAGACCCGGUUACAAGCCCAGAGCCACAGAGAAACACACCUGUGAAGAUGUGAAUGAGUGUGAGGUAUUUGGAACUUGUCCUCAGGACUGCAGGAACUCAAAAGGCAGCUACGAAUGUUUCUGUGCUGAAGGCUUUGUGUCUUUCGGUGAACUGCAUGGGACUGAAUGCGCUGCGCAAGGAAAUCCUCCAGUCCUGCUCUUGCCGGACAACAUUCGUAUUCGACGUUUCAAUCUGUCCUCUGAGCAGUAUUCGGACUAUGUGGACAAUGCCGAGCACAUUCAUGCCUUGGAUUACCUGUGGGACCCAGAGGGCGAAGGCCUCAGUGUUGUUUACUGGACAGUUCUUGGUCGGGGUUCCCAGUUUGGCUCCAUCAAGCGUGCCUACAUGACCACAUUCAAUGAUUAUGGGAGCAACCCAGUGAAAGAAGUGGAUCUGAACCUGCGGUACAUUGCCAAACCGGAGGGCAUCGCUGUAGACUGGGUUGGCAGACAUAUUUACUGGACGGAUUCAGGGACCAACAGAAUUGAAGUGGCGAAACUGGAUGGACGAUACAGGAAGUGGCUGGUCCACACUGACCUUGAUCAGCCGUCAGCUAUCAUUGUCAAUCCGUCAUCAGGGAUGAUGUACUGGACUGACUGGGGACAGAGUCCCAAAAUUGAGGCAGCCUGGAUGGACGGACAGCACAGAGAGGUCCUGGUAAAGGAAGAAGACCUGGGAUGGCCCACUGGGCUGGCUCUGGACUACGUGAAUGGAAACAGAAUCUACUGGUGUGACUCCAAAGAAAACAUUAUCGAGUCCAUGAAGCCUGAUGGGACAGACAGGAAGAUUGUCAUAUCAGGAGAUAUCGGAAAUCCCUACAGUCUGGAUGUCUUUGAGGGAAACGUGUACUGGACAACUAAAGACAAAGGAGAAGUGUGGAAGACAAAUAAGUUUGGGCAAGGAAAUAAAGUCAAGGUCCUUACAAUCAACCCCUGGCUGACACAAGUCCGUAUUUACCAGCAGUACCGGCACAACCAGUCAGUGUCCAACCCAUGUAAGAACGUCUGCAGUCACCUCUGCCUCCUCCGGCCUGGGGGCUACACCUGUGCCUGCCCACAAGGCUCCCCUCCACUAAAUGCUGACUCAACAGAAUGCGACGCAGCCAUUGAGGCUCCUGUUGCAAUGCCUCUUGCAUGUAGAUGCAUGAAUGGUGGAACCUGCUACACCGAUGAAGGGGGUCUGCCAAAGUGCAAAUGUCCAUAUGGCUAUACUGGCAGCUACUGUCAGAUGGGGAAGUCUAGAGGUGCACCAGCUGGGACAGCCGUGGCUGUUCUGCUGACCGUCAUUGUCAUCUUAAUUACCGGAGCUCUAGCUGCUGGGGUUUUCCACAACUACAAACGAACAGGAUCUUUUAUCCCAUCUAUGCCUAAACUACCAAGCCUCAGCAGCCUUGUGAAGUCAGCUGACACCGGGAAUGGGGUAACGUUUUGGUCGGGUGAUAAUGUGGACCUCGGACCGUCACACAUCGGUGUUUCUGUUAUCGACACGGCCAUGCAGAUGGAUGAUAACUUUGCCACCAAUGCUGGGCGACAGCCAAUCACAUUUGAGAAUCCACUGUACGCCACUACACCUGUCUCUGGUGAUCCAGCCGUCAUUCAUGCUACACAGGUGACAGUCAAUGUGAGUGGUGAACAGCUGAACAAGUUUGUGAACCCGACAUACCGAGGAGAUCAGAGCUCAGGUGUUGUCAACACAUCUUCCGUCUGCAGCCUUCCUGUUCAGAUGUCAAAGUGGAGCUUGUUUAAACAGAAAUUAAAGCCAAGCACCACAUUUGAAAACCCUUCAUAUUCCGAGAUGAAGGAUGAGAGACCUGGCGGAAGCAGCGAGAACACUUCUGCCCCGGAGCCGUCUCCAUUCGUUCCUCCAGCAAAACCUCCGAAGAAGGAUCGUCCCAGCACCUUCUCUCCAACUGAGGACAGUUUCAAAGACACGGCCAACCUUGUUAAAGACGACAGCGACAUAUAACCCCUCACUCUGAUGGAGGGAUUUGAAGAAGAAACACACUUUGCACAGAAUUUAUUUUUAUAUGCAGCCUGUGUACAAACUCAGAUUGUGUUGGGACAGAGAAAUGCGAUAAAGUGAAGAGAAGAUCUUCUGACACUUCUGCCUUCUGACACUUCUUAUGCCAAUUUUUUGCGUUAAUAUUUGUUUUUCUUAUUAUGAUGUACAAUAUGUAUAUCUUUGCACUGAAGCUGUUGAUAGAAAUGUUAAUAAAUAUGUUGUAAAUUUGUAAAUUUCAACAUUAAGAUUUUGUCAGAAAUAGAUCCUACAUUGUAAACUCACGGUAACCAAUAUAAAAUGUGAGCUGCGUUGUCAAUGUACAGUACUUAUAUGAUCAGAGAUCACCAGAGAAGAACGCUGGAGAAAGCUGAAGAUAUAUUCACUAUACGUUGCAAAUACUUCGUUUCAGGGAUGACAAAUUAAAGAAAUUGGAUUACAACUCACACCACUUAUUUUCAAUGAUACACAGUCCAGUAUAAACUGGAAGAGAAUCGAUUUCACUUGAUCACCUUAUCUAUAAAUCAUUGAUUCUUCUGUCUUGGACCGACUCAAAUAGUUUGGGAACAGCAGCCGAAUGUGUGCAGGUGUUGCACUUCAAUGCAGUCAAGAUCCUUGAAGAACAAUUCCUGAUAAAGAGUU